AUGAAGUCAAGACGGCAACACCUUCUUUCACCCUUCAUCAGUGCAGCUAUGUCGGUUAUUCCUGGUUUCUCGACUGGUGUUUCGACAGAUUCAGAUAUCGUCGUUGAUAGCGGAUCUAAAAAAUUCACAGAGUUACACAUUCCUUCACAAUCAGAAUGGCGAGUAGAAAUUCCGUUUCAAACCGUUCUUAAAUUGAAUGUGGUGAGUGGGAUUGCAGAAAUAUACGGAACAGAGCUUCCAAAUAAUGUAGAGAUGACGUUUUCUGGUGCUAAGAUAAGCAUAUAUGCCCCUCAGACAGAAUCGAAUACUGGAUGCACCAUUAAGUACACUACUGGCAUUAAGAAAUCAAACCAAAGUGGAAUGAGCAGUGGCUCCAAUGGAUCAGAGAAUGAAAUCACUGAAUACAUCAGUGAGGAAGAAUCUUCAAUGGUACAGAAUAUAAAUUUACAUUUUGUGCUUGAAUCAAUUCGCCAGCAGACCAACGAGGGCCCUAGAGUGAUGGUAAUUGGUAACUCACAGUCUGGUAAGACAUCGCUACUCAAAACAUUGGCUGCGUACGCCCUCAAGAUGGACAGAAGUCCGAUCCUAGUCAACUUGAACCCUCAAGAAGGAGUAUAUUCGUUGCCCGGGUCACUUACCGCUACUCCUAUCAGUGAUAUGUUUGAAGUAGAGUCCACCAACGGAUGGGGUAAUACCACAACUUCGGGUGUUACAUUCCACAAUCCCAAGCAGCCCAUAGUGAAGAACUAUGGAUUCGAAAAGUUCAAUGAAAAUAUGGAUCUUUACAAGUAUCAGGUUUCAAAGUUGGGGGUUGCGGUGAUGUCGAGAUUAGAAGAGGAUGCUGAAGUAAGACAGAGUGGUGUUUUAGUUGACACUCCGGCGUUGACUAUAAAGGAUUUCACCAUCAUUGAGAAUAUAGUCUCUGAUUUUGAAAUUAACAUGAUUGUGGUUAUUGGGAAUGAGAGAUUGGUGAUUGAAUUGAGGAAAAAGUUUAGACAUAAGGUCAACAAUCCAUUGAAUAUAGUUAAAUUGACUAAAAGUGGGGGUGUGGUGGAAGUAGAUGAAGCAUUCGUGAGAAACUUGCAACAACAAACCAUUAGAGAAUACUUUUACGGAACGUUGAAGAGUCCACUUUCUCCGUACAAUACCAAUAUUGACUUCAAGGAUUUAGUUAUAUAUAAGACGGUUGAAUCCCUGGAAUUUAACCCUUCGUUGGCAUUUUUGCCUUCUGGGGACGAUUUCACACCUGAAGUAGAUGACCUGGAUAUGAUGGACGAGGGAAAUGGCAACAGGAAGAGCAAUGAAUUUUCUUUGGACAAGUACUACCUGAAAGUAGAGGAACCUGAUGCUUCCUUGUUGAGCAAUACUAUAUUGGCGAUUACACAGCUACCCGCCAACGACAAGCUGGCUAAGAACUUGAUGAACACUAGUGUAAUGGGGUACGCAUACGUUUCUGAUGUGGACGAUGCAAAGAAGAAAAUGAGAAUAUUAUUGCCUGUUCCUGGUACAUUACCUAGGAAUAUAUUAAUUGUCACCGGAAUUAGAUAUAUAGAGUAG